GUAGCCUGUGAAGUGAAUACCGACUCUUUAAUGCGUCGAUUUCUGUGAAAACCGCCGGUUUUCGCCCAAUUAUUGUGCAGGUAGAAAAAUGUGAAGCCCCCAAUCAUUAAUGCAUCCUCAAUUCUCCUCAAAUGUGAAGUCAUGGCGUCGUAGUUGAAUCGCCAUGAUGAAUGAUCGGAGGUGGAUAAAGUAUUACUCGUCGGCCGACGAUAUUCUCUUGGUCGGCGAAGGCGACUUCUCCUUUUCUCUCUCUUUGGGGUUGGCUUUUUGCAAUUCCUCCAAAAUCGUCGCAACUUCACUCGACACUCACGAAGAAUUACUCCAGAAAUACAAGAAUGCAAUGCAGAAUGUGGUGUUUUUGGGAAUCCUAGGGGCGUUUGUGUUGCACGGAGUGGAUGCAACCCGAAUGCGGAAUCAUCCUCAACUCCAAUUCAAAAAAUUUGAUUACAUUGUUUAUAACUUUCCACAUGCUGGUUUCUGCCUCAGGGAAGAUAAUCCAGACAUGUUGAAGGAUCUCGUCCGUGGAUUCUUACUGAACGCGAGCUGCAUGCUGCAGUUUGAUGGCGAAAUACAUAUCAGGCACAAAUCGAAUGCAACCUUUGACAGAUGGAAAAUCGAGGAUCUUGGAUCGGAGUGUUCACUGGUUUGCAUCGCGCAAGAUGAGUUCAGAAUAGAAGAGUUUCCAGGCUACAACAACAAGAGGGGGUCCAGUUCUAGAGCUGAUGAGCCGUUUCCACUCGGCCCUUGCAAGACCUACAGAUUCAGACUGAUGUCUUCUUGGAAGUUUCAUUUGAUGCGUCGGAUGCAUCCAGUGCCCUCUUCUUUUGCAUCUCAGAUGUUUCCAAAUCCUCCUCCUCGGCCUCUCGUCCCGCAACUCCAGCCUCCGAUCACAACAGUUGAUGAUAAUAGAUACUGCACAUGUUGGGAUUGCAGGACAAGAAGAGAUUCUUCAACAAAACAGCGUCCGAUGAUGCAUCCAGUGCCUCCUCCUGCACCUCGGAUGCUUCCAAAUCCUCCUCCGAUCACUGCAGUAGGUGAUCAUGGAGCUGCACAGCGAUACUACUAUGGAAGUUGGGAUUGCAGGACAAGUAGAGAUUCUUCAAUGAAACGGCGUCAGAUGCAUCCAGUGCCUCCUUUUGCAUCUCGGAUGUUUCCAAAUCCUCCUCCUGUCGACCAGCAACACCAGCCGCUGAUCACAACAGUUGAUGAUCAUGGAGCUGCACGGCGAUACUAUGCAAGUGAGUGCCUACGUUGGGAUUGCAGGACAAGUAGAGAUACUUCAACAAAACGGCGUCGCCUCGGCUAACUUCAGUUCCAUAGUCGAGGUUUAUAGAAUCAUAUCUGAUUCUUUUAGAAAGCCAUUCGUGUAGUCGUUGAGUUGAAUAUUAUCUGCUUGUUGCUCAUUCCUCACUUCCUUUGCCAUUUUCUCA